AGCUUAACGUGCCACAGACAUAAAGAUCCAUCUAAAAUAUGACAGAUUCCCCUGCUAAACACCACUCUGAAGGAUCUUCAAAGCUUUAAAGCGACAGUCACAAAAAGAAAACAAGACAGGCCGCCCAGAGAAAAGAGUAUUUCCUGGAGAGCCUAAAGGACUACCACACAAAUGUGGACCUCCCGAAACACUGUCAUCAAAUAAUCUGAGCAACAAAUCAAACACAACCGAUAAAACAUAGAGGUUUGUAGCCAUGUCUGAUCAUAAAGACAUGACACAUCGCCACUUGCGGCACAAGCUACAGAGUCUUGGCCGAAGACUGGAUGAACUUGAAGAAGCCACCAACAAGCUGCAGAAGUCUGAGGACGAGCUGCUCGACCUACAGGACAAGAUCAUCCAGGCAGAGGGCAGCAACUCGUCCCUGCUUGGUGACAUCGAGGCCCUGAGGAAACGUCUCCUGAAGAUCCAGGGAAAAGAUGAGGAGGUACGCAAAGCUGAGGACCUCUGCCGCACAGUCAGAGAGAAACUGGAAGAGGAGGAAAACCUUACAAAGGAGCUAAAAGCCGAGAUCGAACGUUUACAACGGAGAAUGGCCGAGUUGGAGAAACUGGAAGAAGCUUUUGGGAAAAGCAAGUCUGACUGCAGCCAGCUCUGCCUCAGCCUCAACGAGGAGAAGAACUUGACCAAGAAGCUCUCGUCUGAAUUGGAGACCCUCAAAGCCCGUUUGAAGGAGGUGGAAGGGUCUGAGACAAAGCUGGACAGAGCAGAGCAGGCUUUGGCUAUGGAGCUUGAGAAGCUCAAGGGAUUCACCCAGACUUUUGUGAGUGAGCGUAAGAGGCUACUAGAGAAACAGAGAGAGGACGAGAAGAUCAUUCUCAAGCUGACAGAAAAACUGGAGCUCCAGAAGAAUCGCCUUGGCAUGUCAGCAGACCCUGGCCGGGCAGAUCUCAUGCGGACACGAAUUGAAGAUGAGCUGUCAUCCACAGGGAUCCUUACGAAUAAACUGGCUGGACACAAGAAGAACCUUGAGUACUUCAAGUUGCCUGAUGACAACAUCAGUCUUGUGAACAAAUCUGAAAACGAGAAGAACAGCAGUCUUGAAGGCUCACAGGAGGAGGACAACAAAGUAAAGGAGCUGACACAGGAAGUAGAGAGGCUGAAGAAUCGCCUUAAACAGCUGGAGAUAGUAGAGGGGGAUUUGAAGAACUCAGAGUCCAAAAAUUGCGAACUUCUCGAGAAGUUCCAGAUGGAACGAAACCGGGCUCGCCAACUGAGUGAGCAGGUGGAACAGCUCAGGACGCUGCUGUGUGGAAAAGGUGGAAAUGGAACCAGUAAUAUGGAGAAACAUGGCAACGGAAGCAGUAACAUUUGCCCCAACAGCCCUGCUAAUGUCCUGGAGAAUGGCAAAGCUGAGAGUGAAGAGAUUAUUGUGAAGGGUGGUUUCAGACAAGAGAAGCCUAAAUACAGGAGCGCCGCAACUGUCUCAGAACCGAGCUCCCCCAAACACAGGAACAGGGAGCUCUCUCCUCAGCAUAAGAGAGAGACUAAGCUUAGGAGCAAAGACCUGAGCCACUCAGAGGAGAGCUCUCCUAAGUCUGUGAGGAGAGCCCUCAGUCCUGCUCACUCCGCUCACAAAGGCAGGAGGACACCCAAAACUACUGCAAUUUCAUCUGAUAACGGAAUAAGAGACACAGGACGAGGAACUGAGGAGAAGACGAGAGGAGCCACGUACAGCUCUGUAAAUACAGCUUCUAGUGAUAUCAAAAAGGUGUCUGUUCUUAGUCGCUACCCUCCAGCUGCUAAUGACCAGAAGCCAAUGAGGACAACUCACAAACAGACUGAUGGGGAGACAAAAAAGACCAGAGUAGACAAGUUCUCAAAGUUGUACGUAGGUAGUGACAGCGAAUCGAACAACUCUGAUGUAAUGCCCGACAGCUCCAGUAACAUCAACAGUAUCUCUGCACUGGAGAAGGACACAGCGUCUGCCUCGGAUCAGGAAUCAAUAGACCAGGUUCAGGAAUCUGUCUCGGUCGCCUCCUCCCUGUCCAAAGCCAAUGGAUCGUACACAGCCUACAGAUCACACGUCACUCCUCUGCAGACCAACGACCAGGGGUCAGAGGGUCAUUCCUCUGCCUCAGAAACAGAAUCUACUGGUUCAAGGCCAUCUGAGCCAGAGCCCGUGAUUGAGAAGACUACUACAACUGUAAGCAGUAAGACCUCAAGCUCAAGAUACCCAAGAUACUCCCAUGUCCAUGACUCGCAUUCAGAGGGCUCUUCUUCCAGGAGCUCGUUUGACGAGGAACUCCACAGCAGAACACAGUCAGCGGAGGGGGGCCAGCAGGCGCCCGUGCUUUCUUCCCAAGGGAUUGAGAUCCAGCGAUUGUGCAGCCCACGUGAGGCGCUGAGGUCAAAGGCUGUCAUCAAGCCUGCUAUUGUUGAGAUUGACAGGAAGGAAAUGAUGAUUUCAGAACCUUUGCCUACCAACGGCAAACCCAAAAUCUCCACCAAACCAGUUGUGACCACCACUAGUAAAAUGACCAGUAGUAUAACCAUCUACCCCAACGACCCGAGCUCUUCCAGAACCAGCAGCCGCAGCAGCAGUGUGUGCAGUGAAACCAUGCCUGUCAAAGAACGCCACACUUCUACCAGUAACAUCCUCAUAGGUCCCAGCAAUGAGCACCAUGGCAGUAUUUCCGUCCCAUAUGAAAUCUCCAUCCCAAAGAGUGAGAUCACCUUGCGACCUUGCCAGGACCAGGACUGUGGGGCAGACAACCACAGUGAUUCUUCAUCAAGGUCCAAACUCCACAACACUUCCAGAGUGGAGACCACCACCAGCCAUCUGUGCUGCCAGCGCAGCAACCUCAGCCUCCAGUCGCCGGACGCCACGUCCGCAGACUUCAAUGACACAGAGUCAGGCUUCGAGAGCAGCAGCAGCAGCACCACCACGGUCACCAGCUGGAGAAGCCAAAGACAAAACCAACACUCCCAAGAAGACAGUUUACCAGAUAUGAAAAAUGUGACUGUGAGAAGCACCUGGAAGAACAGAGGCACUACGUCAGUGGAUGAGAUAGCCCGAGGAAGAGGAGCCACGAAGACAAUGACAGAUGGUGGGUCUGAAGACGAGGCAGAAGCCGCAACAACAUGGAGGGCUUACCGGGCAACCACUUUUGACAUGGAAGAAACGAUAAACAGUGGCACAGUAGCUGGUGGGAAUGCUGGAGCACAGAAGGGAGCCAAGCCAUCCCCCGCAGAGGUGUACAUGCGUAGGAUCAAUAGUGGGGUUACUAACACUAGAGAAGUGGAGGAACCAGUGCCGCGCCGAGGCAAGCGCUCUCAGUCUCCCACCGUUGAAACAGGAGGCCUGGGAAGGACCGUACCCCACGCACCUGUGACCUCCCAGUCCUGGAGCCGAUCUUACACACAACAACCACCGGCUGCUGAUAGCGUAGAUCCCAGUCCAAACCCGAGCCAUAGCCCGGCCUCCUGGAGACGACAGCUACCCAGCAGCGACUCACACCACCUGGGGAGCUCUUAUGACCGGGCAUCUAGGACAGCAGGGGCCUCUUCCAGAGGAGGGGACCUAUGGUCCAGUCGGAGUCAAGGAUCAGGGGCCAGAGCAGAGGGAAGAGGUGGAGCGGGGAGCCGACCAUGGAGCCAUCGUCAGACUGAUCAUCAUUAGACCUCUUUGGUCAUAACAGGACUUCUACAACAAAGAGAACAGCACUCCAUUAAGCUCUCAACGGCAAAAGCAGAGCCAAACACCAGUCUCCCAUCAACUAAUGGCUGCACCUAUUACCACCAUCUCCAACAUCUGCAGCUCUUAUAACAAACAAAGAAAAGAAAAAUAGCAGUUGCAGCCAUAUAGAACAACAAACCACACAUCUGACCCUGAGCGUCCACGGAGAUGUGAACGGCUCUUCCUAUCCGGAACUUUCUCUGUCCCAAAAGAGGCAUAAAUGGAAAGACAUUGCCUGCACAGCGUUGUGGAGGUCGCCUCACCAGCCCACCUAUCCUCUUCUGCUUCUUGUGUUGGAUGUAUUAUAGUGUAAUCCCGAAAUUUGACAAGGGAGAGGCUGGCUUGCUGUGGACAUCUGGAGAUUUUCCUGCCUGCCAGAGAGGGUUUAAAUACUCUUAGAGGAAGAAGGACUCAAACAUUGAGAAUGCCUUUCUCAGAGGACCAUUACAGCUGGAUAUGUCGCUUUUGAAUCACAAUUUCAACCUUUUCUUGGAUGCUGAAAAACAACCCAAACUGCAGUUAACAACAGUACGAUGUUAAAGACGUAUCUUCAUCUCGCAGGGGCUGGAUGUUCAUGCAGAAUACUUCACAAACUAAAGGAUCUUUACCUUAAAUGUGACCAAAAACAGGAAGCGAAUUACCCUCUCUGCAUAUCCGUAUCUCUUUUUCUUACUGAGCUCAUUUUUGCUUCGACAAUUCAGUCAGACCGUCUACUUUUCUUUAUGCUUUUCUCACACAUAUAUACACAAACAAAUGCACAAACAACAAGCGAACACAUGCACAUUUCAAACUUUCGGGUUAUUUUUAACCAGUAUCACCACUUUUUGGCAUGCAGUGACCUCAAACUGGAUUUAAUUUGGGGUCUGGGAUGUUUUGCGUGAACAUUUGCAUGUUUCUAAGUAAUAAAUGAAGAGCACUUGAAAGAUUGUGACUCAGCAUGCACUCUGCUUAAAGGAUUGCUGGUUUGCCGCAUUUUUGGAGUGCGCACACACACAAACACACACACAAACACUCAUUAUUUUUGACAGACCGGGACCUUAUUUAUGUUUUUUGUCAUUUUCACCAGUUGUUUAGAUUUUUUUUGUAAUUCGCUUCCUGUUCUGCAUCAUCCUUUCCCUUUCUGCUCAACCAUAUCAAGAAGAAAAGUAGUUUGCACGUAAUGAAAUGCAAUGCACAUGUAGAAAAAAAAACAAAGAAUGAUUGGGGGGGCAUUGUUUAUAACCUCAAACCAUGCUACAGUUUCCAUGGUGCUUUGUCUUACAGCUGUUGCAACUGUCCUCAGUCAUGUAUUUUGAGAGAGCCAUAGCAAAGUGGAGUUUCUGAUUAAACUGAACAUUGGACUUUGGAUUACCAGCAAACCUGGCCUGGCAGGGCGGACAUUUUUUUCAGGGCUGCUGUAAAUACUGUGUACACGCCAGCCAGUCAUAGGAAAGACACAAGAGGGUUGGACUUUUAACAACGAGGAACUGACAGUCCAGCUCGUGUGCGACUGGGUUCGCCGUGCGAAUCGUCCAAGCUUUCUCCGUUUCAUAUUUCUAUAGAGGUGUAUUAUUUUGUUACAUCAUAAAAUAUCAACUUGUGGUUGGUAUGUUGGAGCAAACUCUCAUUGGUGGGGGGCCAUAGCAGCAAUGGGGGGUGCCAUAGAAAGUGAUUUAGUUGUGGCCAGUAAUGAAAUAAGUUGUUUUGAUUGAGGUAAAUGGUGCAUAUCUAUGACAGAAACCUCACUGACAUUGUUUGAGUCUUUCAACAGGAUCCUGCUGGAUUUUAGGUUUAACACACAAGAUUAACUGCAGUAUGACAGAUGAUGUAAACUUUGAUCCCAGAAUAAAAUUUAUGAACGACGCUAAGGAAUGCAGCUGAAUGACCAAUUGCUUAAUGGCUUGAUGCACCAGUCCCAACAGGACAGUGUUGUUUGUCUCCUCAAUCUUCUAAAUGGCAGACAAAGUAACAUAACCAUAACUGUGACAACUCUGAACAUGUGGGAUCUGCUGAAGAACUUUCAAAGCCUGCUCUUCAUUUGGUUGUUCUGCUGUGAUGUAUUUAAGUGCUGUUGAGUCAGACCCCGCUGGGGAUGAUCUGGUUCAGUCUUAUUACAUUUCUCAGUUCUUCUGUAUUCUACCAGCCGCCAUCUAGCUGUAAUAUUUAUUAGUCUCCAUAAACAGUAUGUACAGGUUCUUAUAUUGUGAAGAGGUCCGCCUGUGGGCAGGAGCCCGGUCUGUUGCCGCUUUGUCACUUUACUGUUUA